UCUUCAGGGAGGUGGGCCCUGGAAGGACUGGGGCCUCUCUGCUCAGCCGAGCUCCAGCCAGACGCCUUGGGAGGCAGAGCAGGUGCAGAACUGCAGCCGCCUGGGCCAUGCCAGCCCACCUCGCAGAGGCCAGCCCCGACUCCAGCCACCCCAGCGGGGCCACGCAGACCCUGGAGGCUUCCCCAGUCCUCUGCACCGAAGUGGUGACUUUCACCCAAGUGGUGGAAAGGGAGGAGUGGGGCUCCUUCUACUACUCCUUUAAGACCGAGCAGUUGAUAACUCUGUGGGUCCUGUUUGUUUUCACCGUUGUUGGAAACUCCAUGGUGCUGUUCUCUACAUGGAGGAGGAAGAGGAAGUCAAGAAUGACCUUCUUUGUGACUCAGCUGGCUAUCACAGACUCGUUCACAGGUCUGGUUAACAUCUUGACAGAUAUCAUUUGGCGAUUCACCGGAGACUUCAUGGCACCUGACCUCGUUUGCCGAGUGGUCCGCUAUUUGCAGGUUGUGCUGCUCUAUGCCUCUACCUAUGUGCUGGUGUCCCUCAGCAUAGACAGAUACCAUGCCAUCGUCUAUCCCAUGAAGUUCCUGCAAGGAGAAAAGCAAGCCAAGGUCCUCGUCAUGAUUGCCUGGAGCCUAUCUUUCCUCUUCUCCAUUCCCACCCUCAUCAUAUUUGGGAAAAGGAAACUCCCCAACGGCGAAGUUCAGUGCUGGGCACUAUGGCCCGAUGAUUCCUACUGGACCCCGUACAUGACCAUUGUGGCCUUCCUGGUGUACUUCAUCCCUCUGACAAUCAUCAGCGUCAUCUAUGCCAUUGUGAUCCGAACCAUUUGGAUUAAGAGCAAAGCCCACGAGACAGUGAUCUCCAACUGCUCAGGUGGAAAGCUGUGCACCAGUUACAACCGAGGGCUCAUCUCAAAGGCAAAAAUUAAAGCCAUCAAGUAUAGUAUUGUCAUCAUCCUGGCCUUCAUCUGCUGUUGGAGUCCCUACUUCCUCUUCGACAUAUUGGACAAUUUCAGUCUUCUUCCAGACACCGAGGAGCGCUUCUAUGCCUCUGUGAUCAUUCAGAACCUGCCAGCCUUGAACAGUGCCAUCAACCCUCUUAUCUACUGUGUCUUCAGCAGCUCCAUCUGCUUUCCCUGCAGGGAGCAAACAUCACGAGGUUCCAGAAAGACAUUUCGGGAGAGAACUCAGAGGCACGAGAUGCAGGUUCUAUCCAAGCCAGAAUUUAUCUAGACUCUGGGGCAAUAGGAUUGCUAGGCUGAGCCCCAUCAGCAAUUAUUUGUCCCUGUCACCACCUUGGGCAUGUGCAUGGUACCUGAGCUGACUUCUCCAUCCUGCUCCUUUCAUCCCUUGGGAGAUGCCCAAGCCAAACCUCCAGAGGAGUGUGUGUCACCUGUUUCAGCCAGUACUGGACAAUGUGAAGUCACCAACUAUUCAUGCCAGCCAGAAAAGAUGCUUCCUACUUCCCUGCAACUACCAGCCCUCCUUCCCACUGGUCAGCACCAGAACCCAAUGGACAGAGGCACCUCUGGCCAAGGUCCAGGCUUGGGCAACUAGAGGGUACUAAAGAAGCAUGGUUGUACUACAAGAGUCUCCUAAUUAUGACUAAGACAUAAAUAAAAGCCCAGAU